AUGGGAAAUACAGAGAGUAACGUUACGAGUGGUGUAAAAAAACAAGCGGGAACAUCCGAACAACCAUUGUACAAAUUAGUCGGUUUAAAAGGUGGAGGUCUUUUGGUCGACAUGAUGAAAAGAGCGACACAAACGAAACAAUAUGCUGAAUUAGAUCACGCGAUCAAAACAAAAAUUGAACCUUUUUUAUAUAACAAAGGAAAAGGAAGAUUGAUACCCAUAUCACAGUUGGUACUUUUAAGAAACUGCGAAAGAUCUAGAACAAAAUUGCUUCCGCUUCUUAAAAACAUGGAAGAUCCAGAAUCUGAAUUUGACAUGGAUCGUGAUGGAAAUCCUGGAGAUUUUCAACCGGCUCCAGAUGGCGUACAAGAAGAUUUUCACGAUUACAAUAAAAAAUAUAGAGACGUUUGUUGGGAUUUGAAAAAAAGGGGAGCCGUGGGAGAAACAUGCCUUCACCUGUGCAUGCUUAAUGCCACGUCAAUCCACGCGGAUUUAGCUAAAAGAUUAUUAAAAUUUUAUCCGAAACUUAUAAAUGACAUUUACAUGUCGGACGAAUAUUACGGUGAAAGCGUUCUUCACGUGGCAAUAGUAAAUGAAGAUCCUGCCAUGGUUAAAUAUUUACUCGAUAGCGGUUCUAAUUUUCACGAACGUUGUUUUGGAAAUUUCAUGUGUCCAGAAGAUCAAAAAGCAACAAGAACGGAUUCUCUCGAUCAUGAAUAUGUUAAUUUAUCAACGGAAACUAAUUACGAAGGAUACGUUUAUUGGGGAGAAUAUCCGUUAAGUUUUGCAGCUUGUUUGGGACAAGAAGAAAGUUAUCGUUUGAUGCUUGCCAAGGGUGCCAAUCCCGAUAAUCAAGAUACAAAUGGCAACACUGUUUUACACAUGCUCGUCAUACAUAAUAAAUUGCCCAUGUUUGACGUGGCUUAUGAAGUUGGCGCCAAUUUAUCGUUAAAAAAUGCAAAAUGUCUAACGCCACUUACACUUGCGGCAAAAUUAGCAAGAGUCGAACUUUUUUUUCAUAUUUUAAACAUAGAAAGAGAAAUUUAUUGGCAAAUAGGGAGCAUAACGUGUGCGGCAUAUCCGUUAUCACAAAUCGAUACGAUUGAUAUCGAAACCGGAAACAUAAGUAAAAAUUCAGCGUUAAAUUUAGUCGUUUUCGGAGAAAAAGACGAACAUUUAGAACUCAUGGAUGGAGUAUUGGUAGAUUUAUUAGUCGCAAAAUGGAACACCUACGUUAAAUUCAGAUUCUACAGGCAAUUUAUAUCUUUUUUUUUCUAUUUUCUUAUCUCUGUUAUCUGUUUUACACUUCGACCCGGUCCUCCGACAGGAACAACAACAACAACAAACGGUAUCGUCGUUUUAAAUAAUAAUAACAACAACAUAACGUCCGUUGUUGAUAAUUCAAAUAACGUUACCACCACCACCGCCACAACUACUGCCACGUCAUAUUCUUUUCCUGGUCACGUGAUAGUGACACUUUUAUCGUAUGAUAAAUACGAAGAUAAAAUACGUAUAAUAUCAGAAUUAGCGAUGGAAAUCGGAUCUGUUUUGUAUUUGUUAGGAGCAUUGAGAGAAGCUAAAUUUUUAGGGAUUCACAUGUUUAUUGAAAAUUUGAUGACAGCUCCGUCGAGAGUUUUAUUUUUAGGUUCUUGUUGCAUAAUGCAAUUCGUACCUUGGCUCAGGAUCACGUGUAAAGAAGAAACGGAAGAUAUCGUUGCCGUUAUCAUUAUGUUAACGACGGCUCCAUAUUUUUUAUUUUUUUGCAGAAAAAUGAACGACCCCGUUUUUCUUUUUCUUUUUUUUUUAAUAAAAAAAAUUUUUUUUCUAAUUUUUUUUUUUUUUUUUUUUACAAAGCCAACUUAUUAUAUAAUAUUCCUUUCGUUUGAUAAUCCAAAAACUCCCGAUGGAGUCGACGAUUCUGGAACAAAUCCAAUGCAAAGCCCAGUUGAAUCCAUAAUGGCAAUGUUUUUAAUGUCUCUGACAAAUUUUGGAGAAUAUUACGGUGCAUUCGAAAAGACUGAACACGAAUUUGUUGCAAAGUUAAUGUUUGUCGUUUACAUGGCUAUCGUUGCUAUAUUACUCGUUAACAUGUUGAUCGCCAUGAUGGGUAAUACGUAUCAAAAAAUAGCAGAAACGAGAAACGAAUGGCAAAGACAAUGGGCAAGAAUUGUUUUGGUUGUUGAAAGAGGUGUGAGUCCUCAAGAAAGGUUAAAAAAAUUAAUGCUUUAUUCUCAGCCUAUGUCUGACGGAAGAAGAGCAUUAGUUUUACGAUUGCAUCAAACGCCAGAAGACAAAGAAGAAAUGAAAGAAAUAUUAGAUAUGAAAAGAAUACACAAUAGAACGGUUCAAAGGCGAAAAGCUAAAGAAAAUAAAAAUGUCACGUUUGCUGGUACCCCUAAAAAUGGCAUUAAAAAUCGUUUGCUCGGUCCCGUUCCCCCAUUAAAAAGCAUACCGUCAAAACCUAAAAUUUAA